UAUUUUUAUUAAUCUCAUGAUUUUAAGAUAUUGACAUCAAACCAGUGCCAAUAUUUUGCAACUAAUUUGCAGCAAUUUGCAUAUAUGGGAACAUAGCAUAACAGUAUCAUCCGCUUAACAAAUUAGAUUGCGUUUUAAAGGAAUUAAUGUACGUUAUGCGUAUAACGUGAAUAGUGAAGAUUCCGCAGUAAAAAUGACGGUCCCGCAUCUAGAAGAAGAACUAGAAAACCUCACAGCAUUGGCAGUAGUUAAUGAUUCGAAUUCUGCCGAGAAGCCAAAUUUGAAAGGAGAUUGGUUGAAUUUGCUACUGUUAUUGCUGCUGUAUGCGAUGCAAGCCAUACUAUAUGGUUUAGCAUCAUUGGCUAUACCGAUAAUUUUACAAAGCAACAAAAAUGUGUCUUACAAAGAUCAAGCUCUAUUCAGUUUAGUUGAUUGGCCGUAUAGCUUUAAACUUAUAUGGGCCCCUUUGGUAGACUCGCUGUACGUGCAAAAGAUGGGAAGACGAAAAUCAUGGCUCAUACCUGUUCAAUAUUCGAUUGGAGCAUGUUGCAUUUAUAUGGCCAGCAAUAUCGAUGAAUGGUUGCCGGAAACGGGUAGACCAGACAUACUGAAAUUGACAUGCGUAUUUUUCGUAUCCAAAAUGUUGGCAGCCACGCAAUUUAUAGUCAUCGACGGUUGGGCUCUGACAAUGCUCAAGAAGAAUAACGUAGGCUAUGCAUCUACAUGCUUUGCAGUCGGUAUGGUGAUGGGCACGAUGAUAAGUUAUUUGUGUUCCGUCUUGUUGACGUCGGAAGACUUUAGCAACAACUACUUACGAUUUAGUGCAGAUGUGGGAGGAUUGAUCACCAUGAAAAGUUUUUUCUAUGUCUUGGGUAUUCUUUUUAUAUUAAUAACUACAUUGAUUGCAGUUUUUAAAAAAGAAAAAGAUAAUAGGUUAGAAGACGACUAUGUAAAACUCAAUAUAGUUCAAAACUAUUCAUUAUUAUGGGACAUUUUAAAACUACCUAGUAUUCAAUUGUUGGUGAUAGCAAUGCUGACCUCGAAGAUUGGAUUUGCUGCAACAAAUGGUGUGUCGGUUUUAAAACUCAUCGACGCAGGAGUACCUAAAGAAACCAUUACGGUUAUAAAAACAACAAUUUUAGUUGUAAAAAUGAUUUCGCCACUUGCUGUAGCGAAGUAUACUUCUGGUCCAAAACCGAUGAACGUAUACCUGACAUCAACACUAAUCAGAUUGCUUUGGGACAUUUCAGUUUUUGCAUUGAUUUAUUAUACACCACAAUUGAUAUCCAAGAAUGGACUUGUGAAUAUUCCAAUAUAUUACUAUGGGCUUUUAUUAUUUAUAUUAUCAAUACAUGAUAUUCUACUCCAAAUUAUGACUAUAUCUUCAAUAGCUUUUUUCUCUCGAAUAAGUGAUUCACGUUUUGGUGGUACCUACAUGGCAUUGUUGACUACAUUUUAUAGUUUGGGAGGAGCUUGGACGUCUUCGGUCGCUAUUGGAAUGAUAGAUUUCCUAACGUUUAAACAAUGUUCUUUAGAUCACAAGAAUAAUUGCUCUACACCAAAUCUAAAAAACAUGUGUAAAACAAUUGAUGGUGAUUGUGUUGUUAUAGUCAAUGGGUUUUACGUAGAAAUGGCUUUGUGUACCAUAUUCGGAUUCAUUUGGCUUUGCAUUUUCAGAAAUAUCCUUAAAAAAUUUCAAAAUAAGGGCCGUUCUCAUUGGUUGGUCAAUAUAAAGAGACCAAGAAAAUAAAAGGAAUGUAUAUUGCUCUAUGCUCAUUUAGCCAUAGGGCUGAACAUUUCGAUGGCCUAAACGUCUAUAUAGUAAUUUUUUUAGUAUUUUAGUAUUCCAAUAUAUCAUUAUAUCAAUAAUUAUUAUUAGGUUCUCUAGGAAUGUAGGCGCAUUAUUAUUUCACAAACAGUCUAGUUGAGCGGGUCCAUACAAUAUUGAUCAUUGCGUAAAUUGUCACCCGUGUAUUUCUAAUGUACGUACACGCCGCGCGCUCGAUCCUCGCUAGACUUACUUUUUAAUGAAAGCUCCUGUUAACUUAAAUAUGUGUAUCCAUACAUAAAUUACAACAAAUUUAACAAGAUAGCUUGAUUUACAUUUGUAAUCUAAAUACUUUUUAAAAUACACAUAAAAUAAUAAGAUUAAAUACAUUUUUUAGUAACCAUGUUGCGUCUUUUACGUUUUAACUUUAAGUAACCUGAAGUACUUUUCGUACGAUAGUUAUUACGAUUAUUCUCCUAUACACGUAUUUAUUAGUUAUGUUUUAAAUAUGAAGUUGAUAUUAAUAAAUCAGUUAAUCAUAAAUACAUUAUUGUAAAAACUUGUAGGUAUGAGUUCAUCAAUGCAUUUAAUAAAGCCAUAAAUAUAAUAUAUAACAAACAAUUUUUUAUAA